AUGUAUAGAGAAUGCCGGAAUCAUGGCCAAAGGUCACCGGGAAGGAGGAGGAGGAAGAAUGAUGCCCGUUCUGAACACCAAAGACGUGUCCGACUGGCUACUUCGUUCCGGAGGUUGGAAACUCUCCUGCCCAGCCCUGACUCCUCAGUUCCUCGAAGUAGAGCAUCAGUCUUGGAUGCUGCUGCUGAUUACAUCAUCUCCCUGAAAGAAGAGAACCGGAAAGUAUUGGAAAGAAGGCUUUCAAAUGAAGUGAAUGUCCUGAAGUCACAUGAGGAUAGGAUUCAUUCCCUUGAACGCCGAAUAUCUCACCUGACCAAUGAAUUAGAUAGACGAAGGCAGCAAGAUCCUUCUCCAGCUCCACCUAGUGUCAUUAUAUGCACCAAUGGUCAAGGCCCUCAGUCAGCAGUGAUCACAGAGCUUGGCCCACCUUUCUCUUCAAGCAAAAUUACCAAAGGGAGUAAGAACACAUCAAAAAGGAUCAGGAAAGUCUCAUCCAAAUCCCCUUCAAAAGAACUUAAUGCAUUCAAAGAGGCAGAGAAGCAGAGACCUGAAAAUAUUAGAACAGAAGUACCUGAGGAGCCUGUGGUGAAAGCUAGGGUGAAGUCACCAGAAGCACAGUCCAACCCCCCAUCUUAUGCAACAAAUUGCAGGACAUCUUUCAUCAUCCUAAAUGCCAAUCUAAAUUCUGGACAUGUCUUGCCCAUGUUGAUGCAGCAAUCUCAACCACUGCAUGUUCCUGUUAGUUCAUAUGCACAGAAUCGCCUUCUGGUGCCCAGAGGCACAGUGGUUGAUCCACCAAAAGACAUAGUACUGCCCCUGAAGGGGAAUCUACGUGGCAAGAGGAAGAAGCCAAUGAAGGCCCCAUCUCCCAUUACAAAUGAGGCUACAAAUGAAGUGGAUCUUGCUGAAGCAGCCAAAUCAAUCCUUGCAUUAGAGCAGUUUUCUACAGAUAGUGGGGAUUCAAGUAUUGACAGUGAUCAAGAACCACAUGAUCCAAAAAGGACCAAAGACUCCAAUCCAGAAACUAUUCACAGAGAAUGCAGCCAGAAUCAGCCAGAUCAGAAUGUUUCAACCACAUCCUCUCAUCAAGAGAAGACAGAACCAAAGAGUGCAAUUAAACAAGCCAAUGACAUGCCUGCAAGUGAAGGCAUAAAUGGAUCCUCAAACAUUGGAGGAAUUAUUAGCCAUUCUGCCACUGGAAAUGUGAUGGUGACUGGAGAAUCCAAGAAGUACUACUCCAGUGUUGUUUCCUCUUCUGAAUCAAAUCUUGUUCAAGUUCAAAGUCAAUCUCAAGUUCAAAGAGUGAUGAAUGAUGGUGGAACCACAGCACAAAGUUCUGGAAAUUGGACCUGGAGCACCAGGAACAAUUUUACUAACUUGGGCACCAAUACUAUCAGUACAUACUCCGGUAUGAGUGGGGCAUCCUCCAGUCUACCUUCAGGUGCCAUGAAUAUAUCUCUUGAAAGAGAUGCAAUAAAGAAGCAACAAGCAACAAAAGAACCUCUUGAAAAUAGUACAGGUCAAGGCCUCCAACAGAACAAUGAGAAAUCAAAGUCAGUGGAGAAUCAAAAGGAGAAAAGUAUCAAGGCUCAAAGGCCACCAGUCCAGACUCUGAAUUCCAAUACCCAUGCUCGAGUUGUGCAACUUCCUCCAUUUGCAGAUAUUGGGCAUUCCAAUCCUUGGGAUGUGUCUCAAGCAUCAGUGACAACACCCAGUUCAGACACCUGGCUUCCAAAUCUGUCAUGGCCAAUUAAUUCAUCCAUUGCCCCAUCAACAACAACCAGUCAAGUAACAUGGGCCACCAAGACUUGGAAUAAUACAGAUUCAUCUCUUUCCUUCUUCCCUCGUAUCAAUUCCGAUGAACGGAGAGUAAAUCCUCAGUGCCAAGCGAUCCGAAGCUCCUAUAACCCAUGUGCUGUGAACAAGAAGCAAGGACCAUCAGACACGCAACUCCCAACUUCUGGUCAGGUGCCUCAGUUCACCAAUUUUCACGCUGAGAAGAAUUUUGGUGACAUCCACCCCCAACAUAUGACCAAGGCUCAUUCUUACAACAUGGCCAAUGUGACAGGUUCACGCAACCAGCAUCCUAAUAUUGCCAAGCCUGGUGAAGCUGGUAUUGUGCAAGCAAAUUUAGCUAAUAAAGAUUCACAGAAGCAGCCUCAACAGCAGAGUGUGUUCUCUGUACGUCAGCUGGUGGAAUCUCCAGUGGAAUCAGGGAAGAUCACAAGCAGUAAGACUCCAACACAUGAGAUAUCCCAACGCCACUCCAGAAACUCUUCACCAGGCAGCUCUGCAGGACAGCAACCCAGUGAUAAAGAAGGCAUUCAUUACACAGCUGGGACCAAGGGCCCAAGUUCUUCCACUUCUAAAUCAGGACACAGUCAGUUUAAGGCCAAUGGUGGAAAGAUGGGCUAUUCAGCUGAAUCACUUGUCUCUGGUGCUAAAGGACAUCAAUCACUGAGAAACUCGCAUCAGUCACGUCAUGUUUCUGAUUACAAUGCACCUGAGAAUAAUGAAGCAUUCCAUAAUAACUAUUACCCUACUCAAGGAUGUCAAGGAGGAAGUUCCUAUCGCUACAAUUCAUCUUCAACCCAGUUUCAGAACUUUGCUAGUCAUCCUUAUCCAUCCCCAAGUGCUCCUCCAUGGACUCCUUGGAAUAACUCUACCUUCUUCAUGCACCAGGGUCAUCAGAACCCCUGCUCCAUGAUCUCAUCAUCAAAUUUAAGUCCUGUUCACGACAACAACUAUAACUCAUACAUUGGACAUACCUAUCAGCACAGUUCUGCUCCACAUCCCAAUACAAGCAAUACUAACAACAACAUCCAACCACUUCAUCGGUCCCGUUCUGGACAGGAAGGGCGAACAGGUCGAAACCAGAAUCCAACAAUGCAUGCUCCAACUUUGGAUUUGGACAUCUUUCAAGAGGUGGGAACAAAUCGUUACAACUUGGACAUGAAUAUACAGGAUCAGCCAGCCAAGAAGCCUUUUAAGGACAAAGAAAGUGGACAACAGUCCCAUGGAGUCCUGAACCCAUUUGUGGAGGGGUUGUCCAAUAUGUUAGAUCAGAGUUCAUAUAAUAAUUACAUGUACCUAGGUUUUCCUGCUCUCACACCUCCAGGGGAAGAUUCCCCUAUGGGGAACAUCUUGAAUACACCUACUAAGCAACAGCAACCGCAGACUCAAACACAACAGCAAUGUCUUGGUCAGGACAAAAACCUAUCAUUUGCAGCAGGAGGAUCCAAAGAAAGUGAUGCUCAAAGACGGGCCAGUGAUCCAGGCACCUCCCAGAUGGAUACAAGCAAUCAAACUUUCACCAAUUUCAACCUCUCAAAUCUUUUCCCUGAAAUGGGUGGAAACAAGGCAAGUGUUUUUUUCCUAAGACCCCAAGCACUGGCAGAAGGUCAACAGGCUCUCCCACCUCUGCACUAA